CCUGGACAAGUCGCCACCUCAUCGCAGGGCCAACACAGAUAGACAGACAACAUUCACACUCACAUUCACACACUAGGGCCAAUUUAGUGUUGCCAAUCAACCUAUCCCCAGGUGCAUGUCUUUGGAAGUGGGAGGAAGCCGGAGUACCCAGAGGGAACCCACGCAUUCACGGGGUGAACAUGCAAACUCCACACAGAAAGAUCCCGAGCCUGGAUUUGAACCCAGGACUGCAGGAACUUCGUAUUGUGAGGCAGAUGCACUAACCCCUCUGCCACCGUGAAGCCCGCUCUGCCAGAUCAAUAUUUAGAAAUUUUCUCUUACCGGAGAAACGUUAUGGCUCAAUAAAAACUAAACUAGUCUACCAACAAUACAUGUUGAAUACAAAUUCAUCCAUCCAUCCAUUUUUUCUACCGCUUGUCCCUUAUGGGGUGGCAUGGGGUGCUGAAGCCUAUCUCAGCUGCAUUCGGGCGGAAGGCGGUUUACACCCUGGACAAGUCGCAAUCUCAUCACAGGGCUCUGCCAGAUAGAUAUUUGAAUUUUUCUCUUACCGGAGAAAUGUUAUGGCACAAUCAAUCAAUCAAUGAUUAUAUAUAUAGCCCUAAAUCAAUAGUGUCUCAAAGGGUUGCACAAACCACUACGACAUCCUCGGUAGGGCCCCCAUAAAAACUAAACUAGUAAACCAACAAUACAUGUAGAAUACCCAUCCAUCCAUCCCUUUUCUACGACUUGUCCCUUUUGGGGUGGCGGAGGGUGCUGAGCCUAUCUCAGCUGCAUUCGGGCGGAAGGCGAAGUAGACCCUGGACAAGUCGCCACAAGGCCAACACAGACAGACAACAUUCACACUCACAUUCACACACUAGGGCCAAUUUAGUGUUGCCAAUCAACCUAUCCCCAGGUGCAUGUCUUUGGAGGUGGGAGGAAGCUGGAGUACCCGGAGGAAGCCCAGGCAGUCACGGGGAAAACAUGCAAGUACUCUGUAUAAAAAUAUAAACAAAACAAAAAUACAUAUUUGCAAGAUCUAUAGAGCAGCUAGAUUUGGUUCCAGCUCUCCUGUAUUCCUGAAUGGACAAGCAGGAGGAAAUUGGAUGGAUGGAUAAAUUAAGCAAAUAUAUUUGCUUUUGUAUACAACAUUUUACUGCUCUACCUGGUGUGUGAAAUAAAGGCAAUUAGCAUUUUAAAAAUGGUUCGGAACUGCAAAUUGGUUCUCCAUCCUAAUCGCUGCCGUUGUGUUCUUGGGCAAGACUAUUUCACCCACCUCGCUCCUAGUGCCAAGUGUGGAAAUAUGUAGCUUAAAUGUAGAUAAUGGGCUUUUCUAUGUAACAUGCUUUGAGUAACAAAGAAAAAAAGUGCUAUAUAAAUAUUAGUCGCUUCACUUCACGAUGUCAGUUACUUGAAAGAGCUGGUCAAAAGACGCAACUCGUUCGCAAACGUCACAUCUGCAAUUGCUGGAGUUUCCCAGUGCGCUUGAACGCAGCACCGAGGUCGGUUUCUACAGCAACGACUGACAACAGACGAAGAUGGUUUACAUCACAGAGGACCUCAUUCGUCGGCGAGCGGAACACAACGAGUGCCAAAUCUUGUCCCUGGAGGAGGUCUCUCUGCACCAGCAGGACAUCGAAAAGAUAGAGCACAUCGAUAAGUGGUGCAGAGACCUCAAGAUCCUCUACCUGCAGAACAACCUUAUCCCAAGGAUCGAGAACCUGGGUCGCUUGAAGAAGCUGGAGUACUUGAAUCUGGCCUUGAACAACAUUGAAGUCAUUGAAAACCUUGAAGGCUGUGAGAGCCUUUGCAAGUUGGACCUGACGGUGAACUUUGUAGCUCGUCUGAGCAGCGUGCAGACGCUGAAAGACAACGUCCACCUGCGGGAGCUCUUCCUUGUGGGGAACCCGUGCACGCAGUUUGAAGGCUACAGAGACUUUGUGCUUGCUUCGCUGCCACAGCUGAAGUCGCUAGACGGGACAAAUGUCACAAGGUCGGAGAGGAUCAGAGCCUCUCAGGGGCUGCAGGAGGUGAGGAGGCUUGUCCUGGAACAAGAGGAGGAAUACCUGAAGAGGAGAGCCAUAGAGAAGGAGGAAGAGCACAGGAAGGGAAGAGGAGAUGAGACAGGAAGCCAGGAGACCGAAGAAGACAUUGGCAGCCCCUCCUUGGAGGACAAGCAUGAGUUGAAGGAGACGACCGAGUCAGAUGAGGAGCGACGGGAGAAGGAAUUCUGGAACACUCCGUGUCCUUUCACCCCGGAAUCCCGUCUGGAGGCUCACCGCCAUCUGGAGGAAAAUAAGCGGAAAAAAGAUAGAAGCAAAGAAAAGAAAGCAAAGCCCCCAAGGACUCUGAUAACUGCUGAUGGACGAGUCUUGAAUGUCAAUGAGCCAAAGCUGGGCUUUUUUCUGACUGAAGACGAUGUCAACAACAGGAUCCUCCUAGAUCUGUCAGUGUACAGACACAUGGACACCUCCUUGAUGGAUGUGGACGUGCAGCCAAAGUACGUCAGAGUCACCAUCAAAGGAAAGAUAUUCCAGUUGCUUCUGCCCUCUGAGGUCAAACCUGACAGCUCCAAGGCUCAGAGGUCUCAAAUUACGGGCCACCUGCUCAUCGACAUGCCAAAGGCUCAAGGGGAAAUCAAGGCGCCAAAGGCCGCCGCACGUCCGUACAGAGACGACCACCGCCAGCGCAAAUCGUCCGAUGACAAAAAGAGAGAGAAGAAUGUUCCAGAGAGGCUGGAAGUGGAUGCCAGCAAGGUAUUGGACCUCGCCAACAUUGUACCACGCCUCAAUGCCACGGAAGGUCCGUUGGAAGCGACACCAAGGAAACAAAUCCCUGUCCCCUCUGAGGACUUUGUGGACGAUUUCGACGUGCCGCCACUCAUUUAGCCCACUCCCUCCUGUGCAAACUUACUAUUGUACAGUCAUGCUAUCAUGCAAACAUCCUAAAUGCUAUCAUGCUUACUUACUACCACGCUAACAUACUAAAUGCUGUGAUGCGUUCAUGUUAUCAUGCACAAAUGCUGUAAUUCUGUCAUGCUAUCAUCGUGUCCGUCUGUCAGGUUAUCAUACUAACGUCCUAAAAGCCAUCAUGUGUUCAUGCAACCCCAUCCAUCCAUCCAUCCAUUUUCUAGCCACGUUGCUAUUUUGUAAUGUUAUCAUGCUAACAUCAGGGCUGCCAAGUUUCAGAAAAUACACCCCAAAAAAUGGGGCCUUUUUUAAAAAACGGAUUUGGCCUGUUUUAACGUCCAUUUAUACCUUAAGACUGAUGUUUCUCACCAUGAACAGCUGUCCCUGCACUGUGCCCACUUAAUCCAUCCAUCCAUUUACUACCGCUUAUUCCCUGUGGGGUCGCGGGGGACGCUGGUGCCUAUCUCAGCUACAAUCGGGCGGAAGGCGGAGUACACCCUGGACAAGUCGCCACCUCAUCGCAGGGCCAACACAGAUAGACAACAUUCACACUCACAUUCACACACUAGGGCCAAUGCUAGACUUAAUUAACCAGAAAGCGUCUGUUCUACAUCUCCAUCCUCAAUCCCUUCUGAUCUCUCUUCUUCUUCCAGUGUUGCCAACUCCUCAGUACGGACAGUAGUUAUUGGCUGUCAUUAAAGUGGGUAGAAGUUGAUGGAUGACAUUGGCUUAUUUGCAUCAUUGAUGAACAAUGCUCACUGUAAGAGAGGAAAAACGUGGUUGUAGACAUCAUUUAUUUAUUUGUACAAUUUCUUUGACAGGGACAGUACAAUUAAACAUUGCUACUCGUAGGUAACCAAUGUCAAAGUACAUAAAGCUUCUUCCCACAAAUAUGCAACCCUUGUCCCUGGUUAGGUUUCUAAAGGAAAGGGAGUAAAAAAGUGAAAAUUAUGAUAGGAUGAAUAUUUUUUUUUCUGUUGAUUCUUAGUUUAGUUGUAUUUUCUGUUUUUCUUUGUUCUACAUUAUUAAAUGUUAGGAGUAUCAAAUGUGACCAAAAGACUGAUAUUCACAAACAAACACAAACUGGCUCAAUAGUUAACUUUUCCCCACCCCAAAUGUGACAAUGAUGAGAUAUUCACAUUAAUCCCACUGUGUCAGAAUAAUUGUAUCUUAAGUUAUCACAAAACUUUGUGUUACAUUGAGUUCAUCUCUCCCUGCUAGAGGACAAAAGCUGUCUUUGAUUCUAUCAAAAAAAGGCUUGUAAAACUCCACUGUGUAGGAUGGGAAGCAACAUGAUGAUGUUCUGUUUCUUUGAUGUACUGUAAUCCAUAGAAAUAUUUUGUCCUAACCCGAGAACUACAAAGAGAGGAAGCAAGACUAGACUCCCCUCCAUGCGACAUUUUCUUUGACUGUUUUACGACCUUUUCUUUGAACUGUUUUGUAAUCAAAGGCGAUGGCUGUUUACGAUCCCCCUUAGAAACGCUGUUGCCAUGUGAUCAGGGAAAGUCCCCCAAAAAACGGGGGCGAACAAUCUUUCAUCAGAGUGUGGAACACUGUACAAGGGUACAGGCGUAUGCGUUUCUCCUCAUUGACCCAAAUUUAAUUCUGUCUCUGUUUAUUUCUUUGCUUCUUGUCUUGUUUAAUAGAUGUCCUCAGUGUUUGAACCUGACACACUCCAAUUAAGUUAAUUGGAGUCAAUUAAGUAACGUUUCUGACAACCUUUUUCCAAAACACCACAUAGAAUGUGGGACAUAACAAUACAAUGCACACAUUAAUUUUUUCAAAAUGAUUACAAAAAAGUGGGACCCCAAAAAUGUACUGUGGGACCCCAUUUUCAUGACUUGGUGGGGUUCCUGCGGUCAAACACUGAUGGAUCGUGAAAAACAGCAGCAGGCGGCUGUGGCCUGUGGGCCGUUUCUAAUACUAAUCAAAUAUCAUCCCGAGUGCCAUUGAUCAUUCAUCCGCGGGCCAGAUCUGACUUUGACACCCCAAGAGUAGCAAAUUGGGAAACAUUAGCGUGAGAAAAGCCAAGUAUGGCAUGUGGCGUGAGAAAGUGUUAAAAUGCGUGACUCACACUCAAAGCGUGAGACCUGGCAGCCCUGCAACACACUAUUGCACUGUCUUACUAGCAUGUAUCAUACCAUCAUGCUAUUCCAUCAUGCUGUUAUGCUAUCAUGCCAAAUGCUAUCACGCUGUCACUAUAUCAUGCUAAAGUACUACUGUAAUGCCAUGCUAUCAUGCUAUCAUACUGCAAG